AUGUCAAGGUCUUCAAAGGAGACCAUGGAGCCGUUGACGGCACUAAUUGUCGGUGCUGGAAUUGGAGGGCUUUCGGCGGCUAUUUUCCUCCGACACCAAGGGCACAAAGUGCUGGUUUUUGAGCGAUCAAAGUUCUCGGCAGAGGUUGGCGCCGCUAUUCACGUCGCUCCAAAUUGUCAGCGGCUAUUAACGCGCAUGGGGAUUUCAACUACUGAUCAUGGUGGAACACCCUUGGAAAGAGUAAUCAAUCUUUCUUGUCGAAACUAUAUUGCUCCUGAUGUUGAUCUCACGCUGACAUCAUAUUUACUGGAAAGUUCACCAUGGGAAAUGUCAGCCACGUUGCCUCUGACACAAGUGAUCGAGAAGGCUGGAGCUAAUUGGGAUCUAAUCCACCGCGCGGAUCUUCACUCGGCGCUUCGGAAUCGCGCGUUAUCGAGGGAGGGAGCGGGCUCACCUGUGCAGCUGUUUUUGAACACUCGAAUCAUCGACAUGGAUGUUCAAAACGCAACUUUGACACUUGCAGGUGGUGAUGUAGCGACCGGGGAUCUAGUUAUUGGUGCUGAUGGAGCUCAUUCUUGGACACGUGCCUUCGUCGCCCCAGAGUCCCAACCACAAUUUCCAUGGGGAAAGUGUUGUUUCCGGUGGCUCGUUCCAUAUGAAGAGCUGAAUGAGAAAUUCCAGUGCGACAACAGAAAUACUCUGAUCGAGUGGACUGGCCCAGAUCGGAGAAUCAUCUGCUAUCCUUGCUCGAACCAUUCAAUAGCAAACUUCGGCGCUUUUGUUCCUAGUACCGAAGUGACAACCUCAAACCGAGAGUGGAAUAAUCGGGCAAGUAAAGAGCAGUUACUUCAAUGCUUCGAGAAGUUUGACCCGUCGAUUCGACAAAUCUUGAAUCAGGUACCAGAAGAUGGACUCAAGAUUUGGGAGCUUUUCGAUAUGCAGAAUCUUCCUAGUUGGGCCAAUGACUGUAGUGCCCUUCUGGGAGAUGCUGCCCAUCCAUUCCUACCUUUUAUGGCUCAAGGAGGAGCAAUGGCAAUCGAAGAUGGCGCGUCAAUUGGCGCCCUUUUCCCUUUAGGAACAAGUAGAGCAGAUAUCCCAUCCCGAUUGCAGAUGUAUGAGCAAUGUCGCAAGGACCGAGUUGAACGAAUCCAAGACUUCACCCGUCGCAGUGGAAGGAAUAAUGAUGGCAGUGAAGGUCCUCGUCCAAAAGGUAAUUAUUUGAUUGAGAUUCUCUGUUCAUGGCUUUAUCUGACUGGUAUUCACUUUAUAGGCGAGGAAGUCGCAAGUUUCCUUCCUUUCUGUAUUGACCAUGAUGAGUGGGAGAAUUCGUCAAGAUUCUUGGCUGAACAAACUCACUACUAA